UCUCCCUUUGUCAUUCUAGCUGCCAGCUGCCUCCGCAGCGUCCCUCCGGCUCCUCAGAGCUAACUGCUUUCGCCUUAGACGGACCAAGUGAGCCCAGCAGAAGGAUUUGUUGGGAACUGCCCUGGUGACCCCAUGGCAUCCCCCAGAACCGUAACUAUCGUGGCCCUCUCUGUGGCCCUGGGACUCUUCUUUGUUUUCAUGGGGACGAUUAAGUUGACCCCCAGGCUCAGCAAGGAUGCCUACAGUGAGAUGAAACGAGCUUACAAGAGUUACGUGCGAGCCCUUCCUCUGCUGAAGAAAAUGGGGAUCAAUUCCAUUCUUCUCCGCAAAAGCAUUGGAGCUCUUGAGGUGGCCUGUGGCAUCGUCAUGACCCUUGUGCCCGGGCGUCCCAAAGAUGUGGCCAAUUUCUUCCUGCUCUUGCUGGUGUUGGCGGUGCUCUUUUUUCACCAGCUGGUCGGGGAUCCUCUGAAACGCUAUGCUCACGCCCUGGUGUUUGGGAUCCUGCUCACGUGCCGCCUGCUGAUUGCCCGGAAGCCCGAAGACCGGUCUUCUGAGAAGUCGUUGCAGGGAAAUGCUGAGGAGAAGCCCUCCUUAUAUGAGAAGGCUCCGCAGGGUAAAGUGAAGGUGUCAUAGGAAAAUGGAAGUACACAAAGUGGACCUUCCAGGCAGUUGCCUCCAUGACACCCAGGAAGAUGUCAGUGUGUGUUUCUCAUUUGAUUUAUCUAUCUUGGGGGAAAGGGAAAAA